UCCGGUGACGCGUACGGCGUACGGCACCCCUCCUGUGACGCGUACGUACGGCACCCCUCUACCGGUGGUGCCGCCGGCACCGGACGUCUCUCGGUGCGACCAAACCCGUUCCGGACGCUCCUCGGCGAGGUUGGUGUCGAGCGGCGGCCUUACUUAUUGCGGCCGGUCGGUGAUCGCCGCCUCAGCUCCUGUCCUGGCCGGGAGUGCGGCUGGACGCAGUGCCCUCUCUCCCUCCUCCCUCCUCCCUCUCUGUCCUCUGUCUGCUGCGGCGCUGCUCUCCCCAGUGGGAGUUAGCUGAUCACCUUCCUGUCUGUCCGUCGGUCUGUCCGAUUGACAGACCGCGCGCACAUCGCUGUGUGUUCGAUAUCUCGGCUGUCGUGUUCGACGUUUGUUGUGAGCUGUCGGAUUUGUGUGCGCCAACCAAGCGGACAUCAUGCUGCUGAUAGCUGGAACGUUGCUUCUGGUGACAGCUCAGUGGGUGGCCGGUAAGGAGCUGAGUAUGACGGUCGAGGAGCGUCUCAGCCGGAACGGUGACCGGACACCACAGGAGCUCGUGUCGGAGCCGACCUUCCUCAUCAACAAUAACGAGCCAGCCGGUUCGUCUGGAAAUUAUAUGCUAAACGACAACGUGCGAAUGACUCUCCAAUCGCCCGGCUACUUUUCUCCAUACCGCGGUCUCAUCUGGACAUCAUGGUCCUUCAGGCCGUGGAACUCUGGCCGCAGCCUGACCCUCAGCUGCGAGGACUUCACCCUGGGGCCGGGCGACUACGUGCAGCUCUCCCACGGCGGCGGCUGUACCCGCUUCUACGGCAGGUCCGGACCGUUCAGACGGCUAACGAUGGCCGACCAGCAGGACAAACUGCUGGUGGAGCUGCGCACCAGCGGCCGCGGACGGGGCCGCAUGCGCUGCGCCGUGCAGGCGUCCGGCCGCGGCGGCGGCGGCUUUGGAGGAUCCAGCGGCGGAUUCGGAGGUGGAUCCAGUAGUGGAAUCGGAGGUGGAUCCAGUGGAUUCGGAGGUGGAUCCAGCACCGGGUUUGGCAGUGUACCCAGCGGAUUUGGAAGUGGAUCCAGCGGAUUCGGUGGCGGACCCAGCAGCGGAUUUGGAGGAUCCUCGUCUCUUCCUGUGCGCAUCAACGACCCAAUCUGCGGGAAGAGCAACUACCAGCUGCGUAUCGUCGGAGGAUCUCCGGCACCGGAAAACUGCUAUCCGUGGCUG